GGGAGCUGAGGCCGACACAUCCCGGAGAAUCAGCAGAAAACCCUGAGAGAACCGGAGAGGUAGAGCCGGCUGGCCGGACCCAACCCCCCCCCCACUCCGCUGCAGACACACACAGGGUUUACUCUCACACACACCGGGGGGAUCUAUAUAUACACCAUCGGAUAUUUGACUCGUUGAAAGCCGGAUUCGGUGUGUGUUUUCCGGCUGACGCGCACUUCGCCACGGCCUGCCGCUCCGGUUCUCUUCAGCGCCGCCUCACCGCGUCACCGGGAUGAGCCCGCGGACCUGAAACCAGAGAACCGAGUCCUGACCCGCUCUGUCACACCGGAUUGCAACCGGGAGAGAGAUCCUCUCCGCCUGCAGAGUGACCUUCAGACCUGCACCCCCCCAGGAGCCGGUCACCUGCAGCCCCCCCGCUGUGAGAGUCCGGAGCUGUGGAUCCAGAUGGAGUCCCCCUUCUCCCACCACAUCAAUAACAGGACCGGCAGAAGCCUCCCUGCCCCGGAGCUCCAGGUCCCCCCCUCCGGGUUCGGGACCCCGUGGUCGGUACAGACCAGCCCCCCCCCCCCUCCCGGUCCCAUGACCCAGCUGCCCGACUCGGACUCUGAGUUCUACCCGGGCCCCCCCCCCCUCAGCACGGCCUUCUUCCCUGGGUUCCCCCCGGUGUCUCCAUGCCGCAGGGCCCCGGGUAGCCCAGUGAUGUCCCCCCAGCAGGGGGCCUUCCUGCAGCAGAAGAACCACUACAACCAGCACCAGCCCGUGAUGAAGCAAUCUCCCUGGGGAAGCCACCAGGGGAACGGCUGGGGUUUGGGGGGGACGUCCUGGGGCCGGGAUCACCGUCGAGGUGGGGGGUCCGGGACCCAUGCCUCCCCCCUAAAGAAGCCCUUCACCACCACCAUCAUCGCCCCACCCAAAUACCCCCGAUCCGCCGGGCCGAAGUUGUGGAUGGAGGAGAACCUGUACCACACUGACGGAAACAGCAACACCCUGAUGCCCCGGCAGGAGCGCAGCCGGAUGUAUGACAGUCUGAACAUGCACUCUCUGGAGAGCUCGCUGAUCGACAUCAUGCGAGCCGAGCAGGACCCCUUGAAAGGCCGCUCCUCCCUCUUCCCUCUGGACCAUCACCUGGAGGACAUUCAGGGGAACGCCCCCCACCACGGGUUCCCCAUGCAGAACGGCCCCCACGGGUUCCCCAUGCAGAACGGCCCCCACGGGUUCCCCAUGCAGAACGGCACAGAGAGGUUCUCCAGGAAGGUGUUUGUGGGGGGGCUGCCCCCCGACAUCGAUGAGGAUGAAAUCACGUCCAGUUUCCGGCGCUUCGGUCUGCUGGUGGUGGACUGGCCGCACAAAGCUGAGAGCAAAUCCUACUUCCCUCCUAAAGGAUAUGCGUUCCUGCUGUUCCAGGAGGAGAGCUCUGUCCAGGCUCUGAUUGAAGCCUGCAUGGAGGACGACGGGAAGCUGUACCUGUGUGUGUCCAGCCCCACCAUCAAGGACAAGCCUGUUCAGAUCCGGCCCUGGAACCUGGGCGACAGUGACUUUGUGAUGGAUGGAUCUCAGCCUCUUGACCCCCGAAAGACCAUCUUUGUGGGGGGGGUCCCUCGGCCCCUGAGAGCCAUCGAGCUGGCCAUGAUCAUGGACCGUCUGUACGGGGGGGUUUGCUACGCCGGCAUCGACACCGACCCGGAGCUGAAGUACCCGAAGGGGGCUGGACGAGUCGCCUUCUCCAACCAGCAAAGCUACAUCGCCGCCAUCAGCGCCCGGUUCGUGCAGCUGCAGCACGGAGACAUCGACAAGAGGGUGGAGGUGAAACCCUACGUUCUGGACGAUCAGCUGUGUGACGAGUGUCAGGGCGCCCGCUGCGGGGGGAAGUUCGCUCCGUUCUUCUGUGCUAACGUCACGUGUCUGCAGUAUUACUGCGAGUUCUGCUGGGCCAACAUCCACUCCCGAGCCGGCCGCGAGUUCCACAAGCCGCUGGUGAAGGAGGGCGCCGACCGGCCGCGACACGUGCACUUCCGCUGGAACUAACUCCUGUCGGUGUGGAUGAGAGCAGCCAACCCGGUACUAUCCCUCUACGUCAUGGCCUCGCCCCUUUUUCGGUGAAACCAAUCGCUGUCCUUUGACUGGCGCUAAAUACAGUUCUGCGGUUUUCGCCAAUCACAUCCGGAAAUAAAUGUGUGUUUCUACAUGGAGAUUAGAUCACAAUUCAACCAAAAACAAACAACACAGAGGCUACAUUCUGGGUUAGCCUCAUUAGCCUCAUUAACCUCGUUAGCCUCAUUAGCAUCAUUAGCAUCAGUAGCAUCGUUAGCCUCAUUAGCCUCAUUAGCAUCAUUAGCUGUGAGUGUGUCCCACAGCCGUUCUAGCUGACCGGUCCAGUCGUUACGCAGUUAGUCCUCUCUGAGGAACUGAAGACACAGACCUCUCUUACUGUCCUUUCCUCUGAGUGCAGGUCAAGAGAAACUCCACUCUGGAUCCUUCUUGUUGUUUGUCUCUUAGACACGAGAUGCUGACGUAGCGCUGCUCUCAUAUAACCCGGAUUU